AUGAGGAAGCUCUGUACUUUGCAGCUUUUUAGUGCGUCGAGAGUGGAGAUGUUUCGUCCCAUAAGAAGGGAGGAGUUGAGAGAGGCGGUGAAGUCGAUAAAGGAAUCGGCGGCGGCGCGUGAUGUGGUGGAUGUAAGUGAGAAGGUGGGGGAGGUGAUAGAGGACAUGAUAUGUAGAAUCAUACUGGGACGCAAGAGAGACGAUAGGUUUGAUUUGAAGAGAAUAGUUCAAGAGACGCUCAGCUUGGCAGGAGCUUUCAAUGUUGCAAACUCCUUGCCUUUCCUGCGCCCAUUUGAUAUUCAGGUGAAUGGUAAGGAAAUUGAUGAAUUGUUAGAAACGAUCAUCAAAGAGCAUGAAGAGGCACAAGCAGUACUGCAGAAAAUGCAACACAAGGACAUCGUAGACAUAUUACUCUCUUGCUUGAAGGAUUCUCACAACGAUGAACAAAAUCCAGUCAAAGAUCAAACCAAGAUCAAGGCCAUACUUUUGGACUUGCUUUCUGGUGCAAUAGACACUUCCGUCACUGUUAGUCUCUGGGUUUUCUCAGAACUCUUGAAGAAUCCCAGAGUAAUGAAAAAACUCCAACAUGAGCUAGAAAACAUAGUAGGAAAAAGCAAUUUGGUCGAUGAGGUUGAUUUGCCAAGGUUGACUUACUUGGACAUGGUGGUCAAAGAGACUUCGAGACUACAUCCUGUUGGGCCAUUGCUGCUCCCUCGAGUCAGCACUGAGGAUAUAACUAUCAACGGAUAUUAUAUAAGGAACAAGUCACGAGUGAUUGUGAAUGUGUGGGCAAUAGGACGAGAUCCUAAGAUAUGGUCGGAUAAUGUGGAAGCGUUUUAUCUAGAGAGGUUCCUGAAUAGCAAUGUAGAUCUCCAAGGAAAAGACUUCCAACUGAUACCAUUUGGUUCAGGUCAAAUAGGAUGCCCUGGCAUGCAAUUAGGGUUAAUUGAUGUUAAGCUGGUUAUAGCACAAUUAAUGCAUUGCUUUAAUUGGGAACUUCCACAAGGUGUUUCUCCUGAUGAAGUGGAUAUGACUAAGAAAUUUGGACUAUUGAUUCCAAGAGCUAAUCUCUUAGUAGCUCUUCCAUCGUAUUGCCUAGCAGAGUGA